AUGAAUCGUCCAUGUGGUUACGUGACCGAUAUUGAUGAGACUGAACCAUGCAGUCCUAUUCCAGCAAGUGUGACAUUGGCAGCUGCAGAGAUGAACGAGGCUGUCAUCUCCCCAGUUGUUCGAGUACAAGAUCCGGUGCCGGUCUGUCCCACUUUCGUCGAUUUCAAGAAAGCCUUUGAUACAGUUGAGACCGAAGCGGUCACGGAGGCCUUGGACAACCAGGGCGUCCCUACUCCAUACAUGAAAGUACUUCGUGAGUUGUAUAGUAACUUCACGACUGGAAUUUUGCCAUUCUACAAGAACAUCAUCAUUGACGUGAAGAGGGGGGUCCGACAGGAUGAUACAACCUCACCCAAAAUAUUCGCAGCUACCCUCGAGAACGCAAUACGAAACUUGGAAUGGGGCGACAUGGAAGUGAAGGUUGGUGGUCGACAGCUACACCAUUUGCGCUUUGCUGAUGACAUCGUACUGAUAACACCUAGCAUCGGUCAAGCGGAACGAAUGCUGACCGAAUUCAACGAAACAUGUGGAUGCAUCGGUCUUCAGCUGAAUCUCCAAAGACGAUGUUUAUGCGGAACGGAUGGGUCUCGGAUGCCCCAUUCACGCUCAGCGGAACGAACAUAUCCGAAUGCACCAGCUACGUUUAUCCGGGUCGGGAAUUGA